ACGUGACUCUGUCGACUAUGCGAUUGACUGCUAAAAUCUCGAAAUUAAAGCCGAUUAAAAUAGUACGGCACAUUCAGCCGCAAAUGGAAUUGAUCCUGCAACAAUUACGAAAGGAAGUAGAUAUAUUGAAGAAAGAGCUUGAGCUGAACGACAUGUUUCUACAUCAGGAAGCACUGGCAAAUAUUUCGGAAUCCAGACUCGAGCAGAUUAGGCGAGAUAUCAUGAACUUUUUGCAGGGUUCUAUUUCGGAAUUAACGCUCUUCAAUGUCACCCAGGCACGAGUAUUGAUGAAGAUCACUAAACAAUUAUAUGACAAAUUCACUGUUGUCCACUGGAGAUGGCGCAAUUUCUCUUGAAGCUCACGCAGAGAU